GAGUACACCUGCCCGAGAUGUGAAUCCGGCUUUAUCGAGGAAGUCACGGAUGAUUCCAGUUUUCUAGAUGGCAGCGGCAUAGACGACAGCCCAUCCACACAGUUUGCAGAGCUUUGGGACCAUUUGGACCACACGAUGUUCUUUCCCGACUUCAGACCCUUUCUGAGUAGCAGCUCCCUGGAUCAGGACAGCAGGGACAACGAGAGGGGCCACCAAGCCCACGCCGACCUCUGGGGACCAAGCCGACCCCCGCGAUUGCCCAUGACGCGGAGGUACAGAUCCCGGGGCAGCUCCCGCCCCGACAGGUCUCCCGCCAUCGAAGGAAUAAUCCAGCAGAUCUUUGCAGGGUUUUUUGCAAACUCGGCGAUUCCUGGCUCCCAACACCCUUUCUCCUGGAGUGGGAUGCUGCACUCGAAUCCCGGGGACUAUGCAUGGGGACAGAGUGGCCUCGAUGCGAUCGUCACCCAGCUCCUGGGGCAGCUGGAAAACACGGGCCCACCUCCGGCCGACAAAGAGAAGAUCUCCUCUCUCCCGACAGUGACAGUAACUCAGGAACAAGUCG